GUGAAAACUGAAGAAUAUUAUGAAAAUUGUAGGAAGGAAGCUCUGAAUUACAAGAAUUGAAACAUGAUGAUUUAUCAAUGGUGAAUGGAAGGGAAAGUUCAGAAUCUCGUAGCUAUAACGAGUUGUCUUUCGGUGGUGUUCUUCUGGAUGUGGUGGUGUACUUCCUUGGCAUCGGUCCAUGUUGUUCUUCGUCUUACGCAUCUGUAUUUGAGCGAUUCGGUCCUGUUGUGCUUAUCGGUUGAGGCUGUUCCUUUUUCGGCGGUCUGCCAAACCAUGACGGUGACGCGCUUCAUGAGGACACGACUUACGGUUGGCACCUUGUCUCCUCGUGCUGGGAGCUCUGGGCUGCAAGUGAUGCUUAUGGCCCACAGCCCUGACCACAUCCCUUAACUUAAUCGGUUUAAGUUGUUAAUGCUACCGAAAUAACUUCCCCUUUCCCUCUUAGCUCUAGUGUGUGCAUUUUCAAUUAGACUCUCUAAACGCAGAAAUUACAACAACCUACAAUCUAGUCCAUUCAUCCUCAUAAUUGUAUACAUAGUAGUGCAUUAGCAGGGCUAGAUUUGGUAAAACUAAGGAAGGUAUUGUGAGUUUUACCGUGAAGAUCUAUCAUUAUCAUUCCUAUGAAGUUGAUAAACAAAACCAUUGUCGAGUAGGAGAAGUAGUUCUUGUGCGUAGAUUCUGCGUGUCUGCGCCGCGCGCAUUCAUCUUGACGGAGUGUUCCGCACUCUGAGAGGCGAAAUUAGCGGCUAACCCGCUUCAGCCGACGUCAAACUCUCGUGGCCCAGACAGGACACUUCAAGUCGCUGUACGAAACGUGCGUCCGACCUAGAACGAUUGCUACUAGGCGAUUCGUUGGCUCUUUUCCGCAAGCAAUAUCAUCCAUCAGUUCCUCUUCCUGAAAUCGUACGCGAAAGGCGGACGUACACAACACAAAGAUGCCGGUCGGUGGUAACAGAAGCACCUCUGCACCAGUGAUGCAGAGGUACUCAAACUACGAAGCAGCACCAAGAUACUCAAUAACCGGGAAAUGGAAGAUUCUCGAGAGGAACCAAGGCAUUCCAGCAGCAAACAAGUACUCUAUUUUAGUUGUACUAGUACUAGUGUUGCAGCUCCUGUGUGUGCAGCGUUGGCACGUGUACCGUAGACACUCAUACAACAUAUGAUCGAGAUCAACUUCAAACAAGUACCAAGUAGAGAUUACACAUACAUACCACAGCUUUUCUCGUCUUUCUGAAAUUGAAAAAACUCCAACCUCGUUUCCACUACGUGCGCAGGUAUGAUACACGAGAGUUGAUCAAGUACACCUCGAAAUACGGGCAAGUUAGUAAUGCAUGCGGCUUCGGUUCCGCACCGAGGUGGGGAAAAAACAAAGAAGAUGGGGUUACUGGAGGACCCGGUACUGUGGACGAUUGCAUCGUGAUAGAUAAUGAUAGAUAACUAAGUCUAUAAUUUUUAAUGUUGAAGAAAGAACAAAUCAAAGUACCAUAAAAAGAACAAACUAAAGUCUUACACGACAACCCUUUCCUGGCUUGAUAAAAUAAUUUUCUUUCAUCUUCAUGCCUUCGUCUUAGGUCAGUAUGAGACAGCAAGAUCGACCAUAAAGCGAUCCGAUAUCAGUUUCGGAAAGAGCACUAGGCCGGAUAUUACAGGCGUGAUCGAGAAGGGUCCAGGACCCGGACAGUAUGAGGUAUCUACAUGGGUUUUUUUUUGAUCUACUUUAAUAAAUAAAUAGAGUCCAUAACAAGUCAGACUUUCCUUUGUCUGACUGCAGUACCAUGCUGUUAUUUGCACAAGAUCAGGUGAACAUUUUAAUGUGACAGUCUCUCUCUACUCCCUCGACACCUCGUCCUCCACUUUCUUAGGUCCGCGACAAGAACAACAAGAACGACCCGAGUAUGUCGCCAUUGACAAUCAAGUUCGCCGGAAGGCAUGGGUGGUAUUAUGAGAACCCCGAGGAUGCGAAGAGGCCUGGACCGGGCACGUACUCAUUGAAUUUCGUUCAAUGUGAAGCACCAGUUGGUACCGAAACGAAGAUCGGAACAGGCUUGCGCCCGAGCAUGGAAUCCCAUUUAGGCGUCGAUCCGCGCAAUCCCUCAGUUGGUCCAGGACACUAUAAGGUACUGAUCUAAAUUCUGACUUUUCUGACAAAUGAUGUCGUCAACGCAAACUCUAAACAAAGGUGGUUAUGGCCUUCUUCCAAUGUUGCACCCAACAACGUCGUCUCUUCACCUUUUUCCACUCCCAUCUCACCAGCACUUGACGACACUUGGCGGAGCUAUUAUCGCGCCGUACAACUACGCCCCGCGCUACUCGUUCACGACGGCGAGCUAUCGUACCAAGACGCGUGCAAAGGACGAUCCGGACAUGAUCCUCCAGCCUACACAGUUCCCGAAGGGAGGGUUCUCGGGUUAGGUGUGUUAGUAUUAGUGGUGCCGUUGUACUGCUGCUGCAACGAGUAGAAACCCUCUCAAAUGAAUCGCGGGAAAGAAAUUGGUGUGGGGUUGCAUAGGACAGGCUGGCCACUCGUGGGGAUGGAUGCGGAAAGCGGUCAGGCGUAGACGCACAGAUGAUUUGUUGUAGAUUUAGACUAAUUCACCAAAUUGAAAUUGAAAAUGAACAAAUUCAUGCAUACUAGGUAGUGCUUAUCUUUUUCACAUGAACAUCUUAAAAACAUCACUCAACAACAUUCGUUAUUGUAGACUAAAUUUCAACGCCAGUAGAGCUUAUUUGCAUUGUCUAACAUAGGAAUAAUUGCAUAUUGAUAUUCAUCUUUGCGGAUGAAGAGUAGACCGAAGAACAGAAUUCGUACGUACCGAGGAAACAUUAAACGACAUAGAAAAGCAAAAAACGUUAUCAACCAACUAGAAGAGGAAAAAAGUCACAGCAUCAUUCAAGUAAUCAAAAUUAUGCCAUACAGAAUUUGAAAAAGUAAAAUGUCCAAGUGCAUAGUAAGAAAUCGAUUGUAUAUUUUCCCUACCCGGCUAGUGGAUUUCCGUACUACUACUAGAUUUUCUUCAAUAUUUCGCCUUUCGACGACACGCAAAAAACUGAAAUACGACUCUGCACUGCAGAUUGAAAUAGAAUGAAUUAUAGCACGACAGAGAUGACAGUGUUACUAGAUCGAUCAUAUUUCUGUAAUAUUUGUGAAUUGUUUGUUGUGUAAUUUGAGACGGGGCCUUCUUGAAAAGAGUUGGGGAGGAGUAGAAGCGGGGAGCUGAAAUUUGUGUAGUUCAGGCGCCAUGCUUGCGUGUGUGCUUGCAUCGCUCCCACGACAAGAGUACAUCACGCCGUGACGUAUCUCGUCAAAGUCAAAAUCCACGGCAGAUGGACAAGGAUCAUGGUGCUUCUAGGAAAAAUUCUACUGUUAAUCAUGCGAUUCUGUACUGCUUCUGCUCAGCAGGCUGUGCAAAAACGCAAUGUGAAACUCUGAAGACUAUAAAGAUCAUCAAGUGAGGUCUCGUCAAUUUUGUGGGUUGUAUCAUCUGUACAAUGUCUUGAAUAAGAAUUGGUUUAGAAUAAGAAUUACAUCGAAGGAAAGGAGUCAGAACAUACUUAUGCUGG